UCCAGUACUACAGUAUGUGGAAGAGUGCGCAUGUGAAAUGAAGGGUUGGGGCAGAGUUUCGGAGCACGUUUAGUUGACAGGCGUCGCUGUUGCUACUCGACUCGGAUAACAACAGCCGUAUACAAGGAGCUAUCGCGAGAUACCCUUCUUUGACUGGAUUAAGCCAAGAAAAGCCGUUUUGGACGGAGCAAGCUGAAGGCGGAUGAGCGCAGCCCGCGGGAGGGCAAGUGUGUUUCUGUGGCGGGGUCCAGUAAGCGAAAGAUGAACAAAAACCAGCGAGUGCCGAGCAACCGAACUCUGAACGCCGUGGAGGUGAAAAGCAAGUUUGGAGCAGAGUUCAGACGGUUCUCUUUGGACCGGUCCAAGCCGGGACGUUUUGAUGAGUUCUAUGGCUUGCUACAGCACGUGCAUCGGAUCCCCAACAUGGACCUUCUCGUGGGUUACGCCGAUGUCCAUGGGGACCUACUGCCAAUCAACAACGAUGACAACUACCACAAAGCAAUCUCCAUGGCAGCGCCUCUACUCCGCCUCUUCUUGCAGCGGAAAGAGGAGGCAGAUUACUCCGCAUUUGGCACGGACACUGUGACCCGUAAGAAGACCCCAGUGGCACUUGCUGCGGUACUCCUCCGUCCGGAUGCCAACAAGAAGAAGCCUCCUAUCAUCAUCAGCCUGCCCAAAGAUUUCCGCCCAGUUUCCUCUAUCAUCGACGUGGACAUUCUUCCAGAAACACACCGCCGCGUCCGUCUCUACAAACAUGGUCAGGAGAAACCAUUGGGUUUCUACAUUCGCGAUGGCUCCAGCGUGCGCGUUACACCCCAGGGCCUACAGAAGUUUCCGGGUAUCUUCAUCUCCCGCAUGGUCCCUGGAGGCCUGGCAGAGAGCACAGGCCUGCUGGCUGUCAACGAUGAGGUUUUGGAAGUCAACGGAAUUGAGGUGACUGGAAAAUCCCUGGACCAAGUAACAGACAUGAUGAUCGCAAACAGCCACAACCUCAUUAUAACUGUCAAACCAGCCAAUCAGCGCAAUAAUGUGGUACGCAACGCCAAUAGUGGAGGCGGGGCCACAUCUGGCAGCUCAGGACGAUCCUCUGACAGCAGUACCAGUUUCUAUGGAUACUCUGCACCGGGCUCCAUGGCAAUGACUCCAUCCCAUAUUAUUCAGAACUAUGAGCCAGAUGAUGAAAGUGAGGAUGAGGAGGAUCUGGUGAUCGAGGGCAAUGGAGAGGCUAAACUCAUUCCACAGGCACCAGCUCGGGCGACAGUCAGCUCCAGCAUGCCCACUCUCCCCAGAUAUGAGCCCCACCUCAACCUGCGGCCCUCCAAUGGUGCCAUGGCAACCAGUGCAAGUGUGGGGUCCUUGAAUGCCCGUGACAGAGGUCUUGAGGGGCGAAAUCUAGAGGAGGACGGAACAGUCAUUACUCUGUAGAGACAUGAGAAACACACUUAGACACAAAAACAAUGACUGAAGCAACAUACACUUCAUGGCAAAAAGUAUGUGGAUAUCUCCCUCUUAUUAUCAGGUUUGGCUAUUCCAGUGACAGCAAAUCUUAAUGUGUCCUCCUCACAGAAAUUACUGGAAUAGCAAACCCUGUUAUUUAGAUGGGGGUAUCCAGAGGGCGUAUUUUGGGUCAUAUUACUGUAUAAUCAGCCACAAACAGAAUCACAUGCCAAUACACACUCUUGUGUGCCAUAGGACUGACAAUGCAUGUCUUUUAUUUGGGUGAACAGUGAAUAUAGGACCAAGAGGGGUUUCCAGUCACUACAGCACCUUUCAGCACUUAUCUAUAACCACAGGACCAGGUUGUCCCCAUAAUCAAUGGAGAGCAGCACAGCACUAAAAAAAGCUGCUUUAUGAGUAAUAAUGAACUUCCUGAGUCAGUGUGAAUGAAUGCAGAUGCAAGGUAUUAAUGUCACAUGACAAAGAACGGAUCUACUUGGGUCCCAUAUGAGUCAUGACAAUGUUUGUCUUUGACAACCACUCCCUUUGAAGCCACAUGGCUCUAGCAUUAUCAAAGAGAACAAAGUGUAAUGGUAUACCCAUCAUUUGUGUUACCAUGGUAACUGACUCAGAGCUGUGUUCUGUGAUGGUACUUUUCAAUUUUAGGAGGAAUGCUGAAAUAUGCGCCUUAUCAUUUCCUGUCAACAACGCUAACAUACCUCUCGUGAUGUCAGCUCACUAGUUCUUAAUGGUUUUCAAGGGAAUCAUGAACAUUUGUGGAGGCUAGACUGAAUGUUUAGGACACUUUUAGAAUUGUUAUUUUUUAGAUAUAAUUGGAGAUUUCAGUAAGGUUUUAGAGUGCUGCCUCAUUUGAGAUACAUACAUAUUCUAUGUACAGUCUCUUUCAAAAGGUUUUUAAUCAUAGCCAAAAAUACAGAUUAAUUUAAUAUUUUUCAUACUGAUAUUUGUUUAUUUGUACCACUUUUAUUUCUUUAUGACAAGGGCUAUCUACCUGCGGGUUAUUUUUCCCAUCGACCUUUAUGGCACAUGUGAUAAGGCUUGAGAACCCUGUCUGUGGUUAUCAUGUUUCCAUUGAGUACUCUGAAGUCAGCAGUGAGCUGUUUCAUGUAUGAAGAGUGUCUCUAACCCUCUGAAUAAUAAGCAUUUUGAGUGAAUCAUGGAGAAACAAAGUGUGAUUUGCAGUGAUUUUUAAACUACAAUGGUAGACCAUUGCCAAAAUAUUUUCCCUUAUCAAUGUUUUAGAGGUGAGAACUUGCUUGGAGAUCAGCAAAAGCUAAAACCUUCAGAAAGUAUGUCACAAUGGGGUUUAGUUUCAACAUUGGCACAGGACGGGUGUGAUUUGGUGGGUGCGGACAUUACAUUUCUUAUCUUUUUAAGAUAUGCUCUGCAAGCUCGCCUAGCUGUAAUCUCAUUGCAGAACCCUCUAUUGAGCUAUUAUUUAAAAUUACACUCAUUGAGCACUAUAUUAGGAACACUAUGGUCCUAAUAAAGUUCCCGACGUGGUCUUCUGCUGUUGUAGCCCAUCCGCCUCAAGGUUCGACGUGUUGUGCAUUCUGAGAUGCUAUUCUGCUCACUACAAAUGUACAGAGUGGUUAUUUGAGUUACUGUAGCCUUUAGUCAGCUCGAACCAGGCUUACCAUUGUCCGUUGACCUCUUUCAUCAACAAGGCAUUUUCGUCCACAGAACUGCCGCUCACUGGAUGUUUUUUGUUCUUCUGAGUACCAUUCUGAGUAAACUCUAGAGACUGUUGCAUGAAAAUCCCAGGAGAUCAGCAGUUACAGAAAUACUCAAACCAGCUUGUUUGGCAUCAACAGUCAUGCCACAGUCUAAAUCACUGUGAUCAAAUUUUUCGCCAUUCUGAUGGUUGAUGUGAACAUGAACUGAAGCUCCUGACCUGUAUCUGCUUGAUUUUAUGCAGUGCUGCUACAUGAUUGAUUGAAUAGAUAAUCACUUAAAUAUGUAGGUGUACAGGUGUUCCUAAUAAAGUGCUCAGUGAGUGUAUAUUCAUAUUUUCUGUCCAUAUUUGACUUCCACACCUUAUCAAACACUCCACCCUCUGUGAAAGGUAAGGUUUGGCCUCCCCACUUCUUGACAUAUAAUUCGUAUUUCAUAUAUGAAUGACUGGCAUCAUGGUGUUUGUCUUCUCCAUGAACAAAUGUAAAGCUCUUACUUUACGAAGUAUUUCUUAAAGUUAAAAUGACAAUAAUUACUUGUAUCACCUUUAUAAUUUCUGUGCACACUGUUGUACAUUUCAAUAUGAGCUUUUAAGAUCUCAAGAGUUUGUGUGAACGAAUGCACUGAAAGAGACUGACACGAUUCGAUAGUGCCUCACACUAGCCUAGGACCUACUGUCAGAUAUUCAGCCGAAGUAUCCUUUCAUUAGCUGCUUCUUUUUAUGUUCUGUCUCUUUUAUCUCACUGCUAUCUCACUUUCAGAUUAACUGAUGAGAAUCUUAAACACCAGGGAUUUAUAAGCGGACCACAUACAGGUAUCUGCUGUCUCGCCCAGAGCAUUGAGUAGCACACGCACUGUAGCUAUAAUCCUAUAUGCUUUAUUCAGAUCAUCUUAAAGGUAUAAACGACAUGUUGAAUGGAGUCUUUAGCUGUGUUAAUUUAUUUUUAUUUAACCACUACACAUGAUUUGGGAUUGUAACCACAGAAAUUUUAUUUAUUUUCAAUAGACUCAAUAGGUAUUUUUACUUGCUUUAUUUUAGCUGACAUACAAACCUCAUGAUUUAGAUUGUUGUUUUUUUCCAGCAUCUACAUUUUUGCUCCUACUUUUUUGGGGGAAAGAAAUAUGAAGAAUAUAACUUGCUAUUUUCCAAACUGUGAAUAUCUUUGCAUUUCUAAAGAAGACCAUAUAUCUAUGACCACCUGCCACGGGAGACCUAGAAAUUGGCUUUUAAGCGUUAUCGUUCCUGUGUCAAUUCCUCUUUUUGAUAAUGAGCUAGCCAGAUAAACCUUAAGGUAUAGAUUUGUAAUGAAAUUGUCAGUAUUUUCUUAUUAGUAAUACAUGAUGUAAUUUUGUUUCACAUAAUGAAACUUUUAAAAGGAUAAAUACUAUAUUAAGACAGCUGCACAUGUAUUAUAGUAAAAUCUUGGAUGAAAUAAACUAAUAUGUAUAAAAUCA